AUGUCUAUUAAAAACCGUCAAAAGAAAAAAAAGAAAAGUAACAAAGGACUAAAAGUUUUUUGUAAUUGUUUGAAAUGCAAAGGCCAAAAUUUAGUUUCAAUUUCAACACGUACACGUCAUCAAAAAAAAUACUCUCAAAGUGGAAAUAUUCAAAAAUCAAGUACUGAUGAGCAAGAAUCUGAUAAAGAUGAUGAAAAUAUUGAGAUUUUGAAACGAGAAUCAAGCAAAGAUGAAGAAAAUGACAAAAAUACUGAAAUUUUAGACUUAGAAUCUCCUAAUUACGAACCAAUUUUUCAAGAAACUAUUGACAAAUCUGAUAAUAGUACAUCAAUAGAACUAAACUAA